UGUUACUAGUAACACUGGAAAGACCGCCAAAAUAACCAAAUGCUAACCUAAAACAGGAAAAAUACAAAAUGUUUAUUGUUUUUGCUUUGUGUACAUAAAAAUGUUAUUUGCUAAGUACAAAACAUAAUAAAUAAUGCGGACAAGUUAAAUGAUGAUAUAUAGUAUUUUAAUUAUGCUAUUAAAUUUUUCUUAAUAUAAUUUAAUAUAGACCAACAUUAAAGUUCAAGAAUACCACAAAAUUGCUCGCAAAUGGUAAAGAAACAGAGGAAUUAGCGAGAAAUGAAAGGUUUAUUCUAUACGUAAAGAACAUUGAUGUAAAUAUGCAACUUUUGGAAGAACUAAGUAAUUUGCAGCUGCAGUUCCUGGACUAUGAUUGGGUUCAAUCUAUAUAUGAUUCUGAGUUCUUUGAAUUUGGCGAUUUGCCUUCUGAAUUUCAAAAUGCUAUUGACUCUUCAGAUGUAAACUUAACUUUACAAAAUGUAAUCCAUGCAAUUGAUGAUUGGUUAUCUUGUAAAGAUAAUUCUGAUGAUGAUUCUUCAUGGGUGACACUCUCUAAUCAAGUCAAUCAUAAGAAUUUAUUAGCCCUAUUAGGCUAUUAUAUUGACUGUGGAAAUAAAAAUAUAUUUCCUACUGAGGCUAGAAAUAAUGCAAUGUGGGCAUCUCGGCUCUAUUUUAAGCUCUUAUCUAUACCUGGAUAUAAAGCCUACCAUAUUUAUCACUCUCAACUAUUUGCACACACUCUCACCUGUUUAAGUUACCCAAAAACUGUAUGUGAAAAUGAAGAUAACUUUUUUAAUCCUACACAAUUGAUAAGAGUAGUAAACUCUAUUAUUAAAGAACUAAAUGAGUUUGUCCAUGAGUUGAAAACUGUCAUUGUGAAACUACAACUAAGUCCAGGAGACAUAAACUUUGAGGAUAUUCUAUCUAAUCUGAUUGAUAUCACUGGUGGAUCUAUUGUCACAAAAUUGAAUAUAGAUAAGAUAGAGCUAGCAAAUUUAUCCAAGGUUGUAUAUGAAGUUAUUGACUUCAUAAUCUGCACUGCAGAUGGCGAACCAAAUGCUUUAGCAAUUAAGUUAUUGUUCAAGGCUAUGCUUCCAAAAUUUAUUGCAGCAUCAUUAGACCAUAAACAAGCUAAUAAUAUUGUAAGAGCGUCAUAUGUGGCAUACUCUGGACUCAUCUUAAGUAAAUAUGGUAAAACUGCACUUUCUAGUUAUGUAGUGCUCUUGCAACAUUUAACUUAUUCCUUGGACGGAUUGGAAAAGGCUGAAGUUCGACAGACACGGAUUUCACUGGUAGUUGGUCUAAUGAGUCUCUUGCCACAGAGAUCAUAUUCCACCACAGUCAAAUGGCUUCUCAAGUUAACAACUACUGCAAAAGUACCUCAUCGACAGGUGGCAAUGGAAAUAUUAGCUCAGCUCUUACCAAAUGACGCAGAGAAACGGAAUUCGGAUUCUGGAAUCGAAAGCCGAAAGACAUCUAUUGAAGAUAAUUUAGAAGUACAUGAUAAUAAUAAGGAAGCAGUAGUAGAUACUGAAAAGGACCAAGGGAAUACAAUGGAAGAGGACAGUCAAUCACAGUCAUCAAUAUCAGAGUUUGAUAUAGACCCAUCAGAAGAUUUAUCUGGUCUAAUAAACCAGCGCCGGCAUUGCGUCCCUCAUGGAGAAAUAGUACGUGCGAUAUACGAACGCAUAAGUGACGUAUCGGGCACGCUGCGUGCACGGGCGAUCGCCAUACUCACAGAUUUACUUGGAUCUGACCAUGAUCCGAUUAUUGAAGCUAUGAGGGAUCUAAGCGGCGACGGAACACAGUGUCAACUUGCGAAAGCGGCCACCCGUUGUUCGUCUGACGAGCGCGCAGCCGUACGCAAGGCGGCCGUGUCGCUCAUACAUCGGCUGCUCGUGAGAAACCCUCAUCCUACACAUUACUCGACUUUAGUAUCUCUUUGCCGCGACGCCAGUAUCCUGGUACGUGGCGCAGCCGUCAAUGCUUUGGCAGAUGUAGCGCUGAACAAUCCAACUAAACUCUCACUCAACGCCUUCCUAACUGGGCCAAUGCACCAACUGUCUGACCCGGAAGCUAAGAUACAAGAACAAGUAAUAAACCUUGCCCAAGCCAUCAUAGUGGCGCCCUUGCAAAAGUUCGAUCCGGCAAAUACCGACGAAUGCCUCCCUUGGAGUUUCUUGGCGGGCAUCGUGAGACUUAAUAUGAGGAAACAUCUUCAGAAAGCUUGCAUGCUUCUUGUGAAAUCUUCAAACAGUAUUAAUCAUCGGUUAGUUGACCUAGUGAGCACGCAUCUUGGCGUGCUGUCAGACGCGCGUGACCUACAAAGCCUCGUGUUAUUAACAAGCGUAGCGAGACACGUCGAAUACAACGAUGUAGCUUUUCUACUCGACUAUUAUUACAAACUGGCAGGUACUGGUCAGGAGCGUGAACGCGAUUGUCGCCUUAUGCCGUUGGUAGUAGAGCUGAUAUCUCUAUGGUCCCGCUUCGUAGAGGAUGGGGCAAGAAAAACAUUACGCGACCAUCUCAUACAAAGAAUUCAAAUUGAUGCAGAUUGUCGGCCGGCAUGUGUGUCGCUCGCUGCGAAUUUAGAUCCUACAGAUAUGCAUUGGGCUACGGACUUAAUGAAAGCGUCUGAGCGCCGAGCGUUAAGUGGAGGACCGAUUGAUGAUUGGAUUUGUGCGGCUGACCUUUCUUUGGUAGCGCCUGAACCGCCUUCCUUCGCUCUCAUUAACCUCUAUGUUGCUGCCUUACAGGCACCACCGCCUGAGUGGAGCGAGGCAGAACGCGGCGCAUGCGUAGCGGGCAUCGGACGUAUCUGCGUACGUUCGCGCGACGCGUCCGUAGUAGCGGCCCCACAGCUCGCCAUUUUACUACAAGACCCCGCUGCCCCGCUUUGCGCCCGACUUAACUCUUUACUGGCGCUUACUGAUGUUUGUACAAGGUAUACGUGUAUAGUGGAGCCGCUGUUGAAAUCAAUGUGCGGAUGUCUUAGCUGCGACGCGCCCGCAGAGUUGCGUCGCGCUGCCGCCCGAGUGCUCACACGACUGCUCUUAGGAGGUUACUUGAGGUUACGGACGCCUCUUUAUUACCGCUUUUGUGCGCUGUUGGCGGACGAAGAUCUGGAAGUCCGUGAGCCGGCAGAGUACUAUGUGACGAGUUGUCUCACUGUUGACGUCAUUUAUCAUCACUUUGUCGACUGCGUACUGCAUUAUAAUAACGAAAACGAAGACAGGAUGUCCUUCGAUUCCCGUCAACUUAUAUACGACGUAAUGCUCCAACGUAUGUCAGUGGUACAACGAUUGAAUAUUCAAUGUCGAUUAGCGAGAGAGAUUCUGACGCAUGCAGCUGAUGAAAUAGAAGAGAUACGUGAUGAUGAAGAGCUUCCGGCGCCACUUAAUGCUGCCCUGUUGGAUACGAUAACGUUACUCUGUGGACCUCGGAUGAAACUGCCCAAAAAACCGGAAAAGUCUGGUGAAGCUGAUAUUGAAGAUCUUCAGGAGAGAGUAACCACUAACAUUGUGUCUCAUAAAAUGAAGCGUACAGUGGCAGAGGUGCUAGUACCAGCAGUACUACGAUUGUACGCUCGUCUACGAACCCGCGGUGGACAAUUAGCUACGUAUAUAGUUAAGAUUGCCACAGACCUACAUAACGAUUACCGCCAAGAGAUUGAAGAGCUGAUAGAAGACGACGAAGAAUUAGUAGAACGCGUGCGUCACUUCCAAGACGCGAUCGGAUUGGAGUCGUCAUCGGGCAACACUCGUAACCUCGUGACGUCGUCCGCCCCACCCGAUCCCGAAACGCCCCGUACCCAAAAGAAGAGACCACGCCCUUACUCCCAUACGCCCCGGAAACGGAAACUUAAGAUAUAAUUAUCUUUAUCAGAGGUCGGUAAUGCGUAUUGGAUAUAAAAAUCCGCUUUCUAAUGGUACGAGAUGAGAGUGAAGUACUCUAAGGUACAUAUUUUAAUUCGUAUCUCAAGUCACAAUCCCAUCUUGAGCGCUGUCUUUAUACAGAACAAAUGGUUCGCUCUUGAAACUAGAUUUAAGCUUUAUUGACGUUUUAGAAUUUAAUCUUAUUGUUAAUUAAAACGAAAUGCUAUUGCAAGCGGUUUAAGUAAUUAAAUUACCAACUGUUUGAAUAGAAUAUUAAUAAAAAGAAAAUAGAUAAGUAUAGAAGUUUAUACCAGUAUUUUAAUGGAAUUUUCGGUAGCGUUACAACUCAUUAAUUAAAACAAAACUAUUAGAAAUAAUAGGUUUUUAGAAAUGUAUAUUUUUUUAUUUUGCUUUUCUAUUUUGUAAAAGACAAAAUCAACGGUGUGCGUAAUUUUUUUCUAUAUAUAUUAUGUCUUUUGAUUUUUUAUGCAUUAUUGUUCAAUAAUUAAGGCUAGAAUUUUUAAUUAGCUAUUUAACUAUUUUGAAAACCAAAUGUAUAAGUUCUAUUGCUUAUAUUGACGUGCUAUAUGUAUGUUUAACAGAAAUUAUGUGUGUAAUAUUAAAUCCACCUCCUACUGCUCCAUAGAGUACGGAAAUUAUGGAAAUAUUUUAAAUGUAAGUAAUAUAAUUAAAAUAAAAAGUUUAAAAAUAGUA